AUGUCCGCUCCAACGAUUCCUAGGACGCAGAAGGCCGUCAUUUUCUACGAGAACGGCGGGCCCCUCCAGUACACGGACAUCGAGGUGCCCAAGCCCAAGGCCACGGAGCUGCUGAUCAACGUCAAGUACUCCGGCGUGUGCCACACGGACCUGCACGCGUGGAAGGGCGACUGGCCGCUGCCCACGAAGCUGCCGCUCGUGGGCGGGCACGAGGGCGCGGGCGUGGUGGUCGCCAUGGGCGAGAACGUGCGCGGCUGGAAGAUCGGGGACCUGGCCGGGAUUAAGUGGCUCAACGGCUCGUGCAUGGCGUGCGAGUACUGCGAAAAAAGCAACGAGUCUAACUGCCCGGAGGCGGACCUGUCCGGCUACACGCACGACGGGUCGUUCCAGCAGUACGCCACGGCGGACGCGGUGCAGGCCGCGCACAUCCCGGCCGGGACCGACCUGGCGCAGGUGGCGCCGAUCCUGUGUGCGGGGAUCACCGUGUACAAGGCGCUAAAGUCCGCGAACCUGCGUGCGGGCGACUGGGUCGCGAUCUCGGGCGCGUGCGGCGGGCUGGGGUCGCUGGCCAUCCAGUACGCGACCGCGAUGGGCUACCGCGUGCUCGGCAUUGACGGCGGCGAGGAGAAGGAGCAGCUGUUCCGCCAGCUCGGCGGCGAGGUGUUCAUCGACUUCCGCAAGUCGAAGGACAUCGUGGCCGACGUGGUCAAGGCCACCAACGGCGGCGCGCACGGCGUGAUCAACGUGUCUGUGUCGGAGGCCGCGAUCGAGAGCUCGACCGAGUACGUGCGCUCGAACGGCACGGUUGUGCUGGUCGGCCUGCCCGGUGGGGCCAAAUGUAAGUCCGACGUUUUCAGUCACGUGGUUAAGUCCAUCUCGAUCGUGGGCUCGUACGUCGGCAACCGCGCGGACACGCGCGAGGCGCUGGACUUCUUUGCGCGCGGCCUGGUCAAGUCGCCCAUCCAGGUGGUCGGCCUGUCCGAGUUGCCCCAAAUCUACGAGAAGAUGGAGAAGGGCGCCGUGGUCGGCAGAUACGUCGUCGACACCUCUAUGUAA